CAAGAUGGCGGCCUUCUUGGAACUGCAUUUCCCAGAGGGCUGGGCUCGUCGACUCUAUAAUCGCGCUACGGCAGGGUGGGGCGAAUUUCUCAUUCCAGGGCUUUUUAAAUUCUCAGGGAGGAUGACUGACGGUGGGCAGGGUCUUUAGCUGCGCAAUCCGUAGGCUGCGUGGCCUGGCAAAAGUGGAAGUGGACACCGUGGAACCGGGCCUACAGCUCUGCUUCCGAUGGCGGAGCAAAUAGCCAAGUCGCUGCGUCCCCUUUAAUGGCUGUGGGCGGGGCGCGGGGACGCAACCGGUGUUGCUAUUGGCGGUGAUUGGGGGCGCGGAAACUGAACGCACCGUAACGGUAGCAGCCGCUGCCACCUCGGGCUCCUCCGGCGCCUUGGGCGCCCUGGGCCCCACCAUGGCUGUGCCCUGUCCGGAGGACCCCUCGCUGGAGAGGCAUUUUAAGGGACACCGAGAUGGAGUUACCUGUGUGGACUUCAAUCUCAACUCGAAGCAGCUGGCCAGCGGCUCCAUGGACUCGUGCCUCAUGGUCUGGCACAUGAAGCCCCAGUCACGUGCCUACCGCUUCACGGGCCACAAGGACGCCGUCACCUCUGUGAACUUCUCCCCUUCUGGACACCUGCUUGCCUCGGGUUCUCGCGACAAGACUGUCCGCAUCUGGGUGCCCAACGUCAAAGGCGAGUCAACUGUGUUUCGUGCCCACACGGCCACUGUGAGGAGCGUCCACUUCUGCAGCGAUGGCCAGUCCCUGGUGACGGCCUCCGAUGACAAGACAGUCAAGGUGUGGUCAACUCAUCGCCAGAAAUUCCUCUUCUCCCUGAGCCAGCACAUCAACUGGGUCCGCUGUGCCAGGUUCUCCCCCGAUGGGCGGCUCAUCGUGUCCGCCAGCGAUGACAAGACCGUCAAGCUGUGGGACAAGACCAGCCGGGAGUGCGUCCACACAUACUGCGAGCACGGCGGCUUUGUCACCUGCGUGGACUUCCACCCUAGUGGCACGUGCAUCGCUGCUGCUGGCAUGGACAACACGGUGAAGCUGUGGGACGUGCGGACUCACCGGCUGCUGCAGCAUUACCAGUUGCACAGUGCGGCGGUGAACGCCCUCUCCUUCCACCCGUCGGGAAACUACCUGGCCUCCGCCUCCAGUGACUCCACCCUGAAGAUCCUGGACCUCAGGGAGGGUCGGCUGCUCUACACGCUCCAUGGGCACCAGGGUCCGGCCACCGCUGUUGCCUUUUCGAGAACAGGGGAGUACUUUGCCUCUGGAGGCUCCGAUGAGCAAGUGAUGGUUUGGAAGAGCAACUUCGAUGUCGUGGAUUACAGGGACGUCCUGAAAGUGCAGAGGCCUCCAGCCACGCUGGCCAGCUCCUCCAGGCAUCUGCCGGAAGUGGAUUUCCCCGUCCCCGCGGGCGAAGGUAGGAGCCAGGAGUCGGUGCGGAGCCCGCCGCCAGAGCCCAGCAGCGUGCCGCAGGCACUGACCAGCACGCUAGAGCACAUUGUGGGCCAGCUGGACAUCCUCACCCAGACGGUCUCCAUCCUGGAGCAGCGGCUGACGCUGACAGAGGACAAGCUGAAGCAGUGCCUGGAGAACCAGCAGCUAAUCAUGCAGAGAGCAACACCGUGAUCGGGGGAGCAGGAAUCAGGAACUUGAUUUGGGGGGGCGGGUAGGCGGGGGUUGGUACUGUGGCACUCGGGUGAAUAAACGGAGGGGAUUCCGCACUGUGGGAAUGGUGUCCCUGUGGAGCCUGGGGGCCGUGCCAUUCCGCCUGCCCUGUGGCCUGCACCCAGAGGCGCUCCGCCUGGCACAGGAGGCCCCAUCGGCACGGCCACCCGUGCACAAAGCCACUUGAAAAUGUUUGCCACCCAGAGUUCUAAGCAGCCCUGGGACUCCAGCUUCCCCAGGGGAGGGAGCCCCAAGCCGCCUUAAUCCACUCGCCACUCAGCCGAGACCCGGGCUGCUCCUGGAAAGCCGACCCCCCACAGAGCCCCCGCGUGGGCCCGGGCCCUCGGGUUUACCCAGAAGCCCACACUCUGGCUUCGCAGCGGCUGUGACUUCCGCUCUACUCGGGACCUGCUGGCUUCCUCUGCGUGCACAGGGGGGAAUGAGUCUCAACAUUAAAACGCAUUUUA